AUGGUUGCAAUGAAGCCGGUUGCGAAAAACUCAAAAUCCGUGAAAGGUACGAAGAAGACCAUCAGAAAAAAGAAGGAGACUUUCCUGAACGAGAAGAUAAAAGUGGGAGGAAAAUGCGGUCAACUCGCCAAUUCCGGAGUCAAGGUUGAGGUCAACAAGACCAAAGUCUCCAUCAUUGCUGAUGUACCAUUUUCAAAGCGCUACCUCAAGUACCUCACCAAAAAGUACCUGAAGAAGCACUCUCUUCGUGACUGGCUCCGUAUUGUCGCCAUUAACAAGAACACAUAUGCGUUGAGAUACUUCCACAUCAACCAAGAUGAGGACGAGGGCAGCGAUAAUGAGUAA